UCACCUCCCAUGAACCUUUACUUCCAAUGGUGCUUCUUCCCCACGCACACCUAAGCUGUAUAAAGGUCAGUCAAUAAGAUUUCUGCUGCUGGAGCAGCAUUAACUGGAAAGAUAGUUACUUUCCACAGAUUCCCAACCCAGCAGUGCUGGGACCUGCUUCCUACAUUUGCAUCCUUGCUGCUGCUCCUGUGGUGCCUACUGGAAAAGGUGGAAGCAGAAAUUGGUUCUUCUUGCCCAGCUGGCUGAAGUUCAGCCAACAGCAAAUGUUUGUCUUCAGUAAAUAACCUCUCUGAAAGCAAGCACCAGCACUCCAGUGUACAAACCAGGGAGAUGUUUUUCUCACUGAGGCUGGUGUUUGGGAUGCUGUACCCUGCAUACUACUCAUACAAAGCUGUGAAGACAAAAAAUGUGAAGGAAUAUGUUCGCUGGAUGAUGUACUGGAUUGUGUUUGCUCUUUAUACAGUGACUGAAACAAUAACUGACCUAACAGUCUCUUGGUUUCCACUGUACUAUGAGCUGAAGAUAGCUUUUGUUAUCUGGCUCCUUUCCCCAUAUACUAGAGGGGCAAGUUUAAUCUACAGAAAAUUCCUCCACCCACUGCUUUCUUCUAAAGAAAGGGAGAUUGAUGAGUACAUAGUCCAAGCCAAAGAAAGAGGCUAUGAGACCAUGGUGAAUUUUGGAAGGCAAGGGUUGAAUUUGGCAGCAACUGCUGCAGUGACAGCAGCUGUAAAGAGCCAAGGUGCAAUAACUGAGAAACUGAGAAGUUUCAGUAUGCAUGAUUUGACUACUAUACAAGGAGAUGAGCCUGUUGGACAGAGACCUUAUCAGACAUUGCCAGAAGCUAAAAAGAAAACCAGAGCCUCUACAAGUGAAUCUUCAAGUUACAAAACUCCACUGGAAAAAAAUCCCGGAGAUGACAAAACAGAUGAAGAGAUGGAGGGGACAUAUUCAGAGGAUGAAAUGUUUGCUCAGAGAGGCCUUCGAAGAACUCAGAGUAUGAAAUCUGUGAAAACCAUUAAAGGCCGCAAAGAGAUACGAUAUGGAUCACUGAAAUACAGAGUAAAGAAGAGACCUGCUGUAUACUUUUAAGUGUACUGCACAAUGCCUGCAAGAGAAACUGCUGUACUAUAGUAACUUGAAUUCAAGUUUUCAAGAUCUGUGUACAAUUCCUAAAAUGAGUCUGUAUGAACAGAUAUGGUAGGACUUGUUUUUGUGAACCCAAGCGAUCAGAUAAAGUAUUACUCUGUUUUUCUAUAAUUGUUUAGAUUUAAAUCUGGACAAGUUACAGCAUGAAUUUCAGCACUCCUUGAAUAGGAGUUAAAUGAGGAAUAGGAAAUACUCUUUUGCCAGAGGUAUUGAACAGAUUGAAAUAAUUACAACUCCAAUUGAAUUAGCAGAAGAUUUAAGUAUCUAGAGCUUGUGAGAAUUGAACCAUAGUGUCCCCAAGUUUACAUUGAAAGAUAGAUAUACUUGAAAUAUUUUUCUGAACUACAAUUCCUGAAAAGGCCUUUGUGUAAUUUUUAAAUGUACAGUUUAAAGGACAGUGGAUGAUGGUGGGAAAGAAAAAGGAAAGGUGAGGUAGGUUGGAUACAUCCUAAACAUCAUCAUCUUGCAUCAUAUUGCCAAGCUUUGCAAACUGGGGGUACAUAUAGCACUUUAUGCAAAACUGUAUAGUUUUGCACACUCUUAAUGAUUUACAACUGCACAUGUCAUUUUAGUGACUUGCUAGAUAGGUUAGAGUUACAUUUUGAAUGCCAGCAAUUCUUGUAUUUUAUGAUCUUUUUAAAAUUUAUCCUGAUUCCUUAAGUACACUUAGGAUGCUGUAGAUACUUGCUACUAACAAUAUUAUCAGGUGCCUUUCUAUGUGUUAUAGGGCUGUGUGGGUUUUGUCUGUGUGGUUUUUUUUUGGGGGGUUGGGGUUUUUUUGUUUGUGGGGUUGUUUUGUUUGUGUCUGUCUUCCUCCAUCUAAAGAGAUGUAACAUGAUUUAAGUCAGUUUUUGGUUAAAAUUGUGGUAAGUAAAACUUGUAGCAAUUCCAGUGAUACGCCUCAGGGAUCUGAUCAGCCCAUGAGCUGUGUGUUAAAGUCAUGCUGCCAUAAAGGUAUGUAUGAUAGCUUAGUCAGGCCCUGGUUUAGUUUUGCUCUACAUUGCUUUAAGAACAAAUAUAUUUAUAUAUAGUGUACUUCAGAACAUGUAUGAGUGUAUAUUUCAUACCAUAUGUGGAUUCUAAAAUGGCCUGUGUAGUACUUUCUUUUAUUGCUGAAGUUAUUACUAAAAUAUUUGCAUAUAAAUAGCUUCUUCUAAAAGUCUAGUUGAUUUAGUCAUUUUAUAACCUAGAAUCCCAUGGCAUAUCUGCACAGAGAUUAAUUUUGCAAUGUCUUUCAAUGCAGUGACUUGUUAAAAUUACUUUUUUAGGUCACCUUUGGUACAAUUUUCUGCAGUUCUGAGAAUUAGGCUGAUUUUAGUUUGCUGUGUGACUAUAUUUCUACUGUGGAUUCAGGGAGAAACCACCCACUUUUUUGCAGAUAGUAUUUUAUUAUGCAUCUUUGGGACAGUCCUUGCUACUUCCCUCAAAGAGGAAAUGGCAUGGAUUCCUUAUCCUUGGAUCUCUGACUUCAGUCCUUAGGCCUUUCCCCAAGUAUUGACAGUAAUCUGUAAGUCUACAGCAGAGAUCUUAAAUAUAUUCCUGAGGCUUGGGCCUGCUGCAGUUCUUUUUCUGUUACAGCCAUAGCAGUUCACUGCUGGUAGGCACUUGGUGGUCUGCAGCAUAGACUGGCAUUCAGAGUAAUCCUCUGCACACUUCAGCCAGGGUUUGAGUUCUGUGGGUGCACGUGCAGCUGGUCUGUGUUGGUGUUGUUCCUCCCUGCCUGUGGGAAGUGUCUGCAAGCCCUGUGCACUUUGCACUUCAACAAAACAGCACUUCAGCAUCUCUGAGGAGCCUCGGUGCUUUAGUGAGAACUCCCAGCAGGCCACGUGUGAUUAAAAGGCUAAAACCUGUUUUACUUCACUCAGAAACACAGUUGGAUACCAGAAGACAGGAAGGCUGCUCUCUCCCAAAUGAGUACAGUGCAAAAAUCCCAUCUCCUAACCAAAACUGUACCUUGUUAUCCAGCUUUUCUAAGGAGCUGUGGGCAAGGAGUGAUCACAAAAGCAACCUUCCCCGGAGUGUGGGACUUCUGCCCCAGGAAUGUCUGUGCUUCUCCUCUGUUUCCCUAGGCUUGUCUGUGUGUUUUGGCACUCUAUACACUAAUGUAUAAGACACUAAGGAGCCCUAAGCUCUUGUAUUUGCAUCUCACCCCUCUCUGAAUAGUAGACUGACCUGGGCCUGGGAUGGAAUCUCUAACUCUUACUGUACAGUUGAGCACUUACUGACACAUUUUGCUGUAACCAAUCAUGCUUGUUUUACCAGCAAGCAUGGCAAAAAAAGGAUCAUCUUUGUACAAAUCAUAAUCCUGCAUGAAGGAGUAGAGGAAGCCAUUUUUUCAGAAUUACAGCUCCUGUUACAGGUUCAUGUAGAUCCUGUUUUGGGGGUUGUGUUUUUAACACAUUUCUAGGGCUAGAGAUCAUUGAAGUGUUUCAGGCUCUACCACACUCCUGUCAGGAAGUAGCUCUAUGUGUCUCUAUGUACCUGAGGCUGUAACUUCUGGCAGAAUUAACUUGCUAACUCAGUAGUGAUAAAGGCUAAAUAAAUCCUCAUCUUCCUGGAACUUGCAUGGAAUUAGGAAAGCUGGCAGUAUUAUUCAUAUUCAUUACUGUUUGCAUAUAAAUGUACUUCUUUCAGGUAACUCUCUUACAUGAUCAAACCUUCAAUGUUUCCUUUGCUGUUUUCUUCAGUCUAAUAGCCAACUAUAAAAAUAUUUUCAUGCCAGCCUGAUUUUGAUCUUUGAAUUCAUCCUCAAACUGGUUCACUGGAUUAUCUUCAUUUUUUCUUCUUACUGUUCAUUGCUAGGUGAUGCUUGUCAGGGCUCAAUGGCAUGAUUAGCGUUCAUCCCAGUGAUACUUAGUUCUCUCUCCUUGUUGAAUGUAGUUUACUUUGGUUUUGAAACACUACAGUCUUUUAACUUUGGUUACAGGGAAUUUUCAAACUUUUUUGCCUUAGCAACUGCAGAAGUCGUCUGUCUAGCUCUUGCCAGGAAACUUUGUGAAAAAAAAUGUUAAAAAUCAAUGUUUAACAUUCUUUUUGGAUUUGGUAUGUAGAAUGUAGUUGAUGUCAAAUUAUCUAAUCUUCUGAACAAAGUGUUUCCUAAAAACUGAGUGACUGCUAAUUUGACUGUAGUCAAACAAAGACUUGGGGUUUAAAAGUGCUUUAAAAGAAAAUAUGUAUUUCUGUUUAAAUCAUAUCAAGGUUUCAAGCCUUUCCAAAAUAUAUCUGAACUGACUCAGCUUUCUUAGCAAGAGCCUACUGUGCUUGUUAAAUACCCAGUCUGAGAUGAGGAUUAAAUUGGUGGCCUCAGCUGCAAAUGAGCUUAGGCUGGACUUUGAUUGCAAUGUAAUUGCCAAUAUUGCUAAUACCUUUGGUGUGUGAAAGUAACUGAAUAACAUCCAACAUGCAUUUUGCAAACUAUAAUGAAUUUUAAAAUAAAGAUAACUUGGUAAAAGAGAAUGGUGAAGAAAAUGCUGGACACAUUCAAUGUGCUGUUCAUGACAAAAAGGUGUUUUAUUUUUGGUGUUGCUUUUAUUAAUGGGAAGUUGGUAUUUUUAAGUACUUUUUCUACAAAAAUGUAUGUGCAAAGGCAAUACUUUAACAUUUUUCAAGAACUUGUAUUUUUAAAUGCUACAAACCAGAGAAUAUACAUUUGGACUGAAGAUAGUAGCUUUAAAAAAUGCAAUGCAAGCUUUAAUUUUUAUAUUGUAAUAAUAACUUGCCGUCAACUUGUUUACAUAUUUGUAGGAUGGAAACUUCAUUAUGCAUUGACUUACCUUGAUGCUGUCUUUAAUAAAUGCUGCUUUGAGCAAGA